AUGAAUGACGCAACAGUUGAAAAAAUUCUCACACAAAUGCAAAAGAAUAAAGACGAACUGAAGAACACAAUACUCGCUAGUGAAACGAGAUUAUUGGUGGAAAUUGAGAACUUGAAGAGCAAAAUAACUGCUGUUGAGUUGGAAAACGAACAUCUUAAAAAUAGGGUCGAAUUAUUAGAGAGAAAUUCUAGAGAGGCUAACAUAGUAUUGUUUGGAUUAGACAAGGAACCUAAGGAUAUCACUAGUGAAUUCGUUAUUGAGAGACUUAACGGAUUGUUAGACACAAAUAUUAGGAAAUCCCACCUGAAUAACAUCCUAUGUCUGGGAAGAUCAAAAAAUUGUCCAGUGAAAGUUGAAUUUGUGUCUUAUCUCAAGAAGAGGGAAAUAUUCCGUAACGUGAAGAAUCUGAGGGGAACUGGCAUAUAUAUCGAGAAUGAUCUUACUGAGGCCCAGCGUGAGGAGCAGAAAAUAUUGAGGAGAUAUCUACGUCUUUGGAGGGGAGAGGGAAAAGGUUGUUUUAUCAGGGGAAAUAGGCUUGUUGUCGAUGGCACUUAUUUUUCUGUGACGCAGUUGUUACAGUUGGAGAAAGGUCAAACGUGUAGAAAGUCGAAUAGCGCACCAUCCACCCCUAUUCGAGUGCAGAACUUUAGCCCGGAGCGGAAGGCUGAACUUGCAGAGAGAACACCGGGUGAAUCAGAGACUUUUUUGGCUGAUGUGAAAAGAACCCGAAAGCCAAUUGCACCUGUGGCGUCUUCACCCUCUGAAGCAAUCCCCUCUGUUCCGGAUAUCAACUACAUUCCAAAUCGGGAAUUUCCACCCCCAGGAGGGGCAGGGGAGGGGGCAGUGAAGAAAGCCCAGAAGCCAGUUAGACACAUCAAGACACGCUUAAACUCAAAUCGGGAACCCUGA